UAUGCUACUAACCUAACAUAUACUCGAUGUUUACGUGAUUAAUUAUGUUUUUAAGAAGUCCUCAAAUAGCUUUGACUUCUUGUUUGAUUUAAGAAUUCACUGCAGUUACUUGUUAUUUUGAAGAGCUAAACAUUUAGUCCAAAAUGCCGUUACUUGAUGGAAAAGAAAUAGACAUAUUUUUUAGUGAAGAGGAUUUACCAUAUGAAGAAGAAAUAUUAAGAAAUCCUUUUUCAGUAAAACACUGGCUCAGGUACAUCGAACAUAAAAAAGCUGCACCUAAAAAUGAAAUUAAUAUGAUAUAUGAGAGAGCACUCAAGGAGUUGCCAGGCUCGUUCAAACUGUGGUAUAAUUACUUGAAACUGAGAAGGUAUCAAAUACGCGGUCGCUGUGUAACUGACCCUGCUUAUGAUGAUGUUAAUAAUUGUUUUGAAAGAUCUUUAGUGUUUAUGCACAAAAUGCCUAGGAUUUGGAUGGAUUAUUGUACCUUUUUGACUGAUCAAUGGAAAAUUACUAGUACAAGAAGAGCAUUUGAUAGUGCUUUAAGAGCAUUGCCUAUUACUCAACACCACAGAAUUUGGCCACUUUAUCUUAAAUUUUUAAAGAAACAUGAUAUCCCCGAGACAGCAGUUAGAGUAUUUAGAAGGUAUCUAAAAUUAUGUCCUGAAGACACAGAAGAAUAUAUUGACUACUUAAUAUCAAUAGAAAAGCUUGAUGAAGCAGCUGUUAAAUUGGCACAGCUUGUAAAUAAUGAGAAUUUUCAGUCAAAGCAUGGAAAAUCCAACCAUCAACUAUGGAAUGAAUUAUGUGAACUUAUAUCUAAAAAUCCAGAUAAAAUUCACUCACUGAAUGUUGAUGCUAUAAUAAGAGGUGGACUUCGUCGCUACACAGAUCAACUAGGCCACCUUUGGAAUUCAUUAGCUGACUAUUAUGUGAGAAGUGGUUUAUUUGAAAGAGCAAGAGAUAUUUAUGAGGAAUCUAUUCAAACUGUUACUACAGUGAGAGAUUUUACGCAGGUUUUUGAUGCUUAUGCUCAAUUUGAAGAACUCAGUUUGAGCAAAAAAAUGGAAGAAGUUGCUAAAAAAGCAAAUCCAACUGAAGAUGAUGAUAUUGACUUAGAAUUGAGACUUGCUAGGUUUGAAUAUUUAAUGGAAAGAAGAUUACUUCUUCUUAAUUCAGUUCUUUUGAGACAAAAUCCACAUAAUGUGGCUGAAUGGCAUAAAAGAGUAAAGCUCUAUGAGGGAAAACCUCAUGAAAUAAUUGAUACAUACACUGAAGCUGUUCAAACUGUUGAUCCUAAGUUAGCAGUAGGAAAGUUAUAUACUUUAUGGGUGGGUUUUGCUAAGUUUUAUGAAAGUAAUGAUCAAAUUGAUGAUGCAAGACUGAUUUUUGAAAAAGCAACUCAAGUAAAUUAUGCUAAAGUGGAUGAUCUGGCAUCUGUUUGGUGUGAAUGGACAGAGAUGGAAAUCAAACACGAGAAUUAUGAAGAAGCCCUCAAACUGAUGCAAAGAGCAACUGUUUUACCUAGUAGAAAAGUAGCUUAUCAUGAUGACAAAGAAACGGUACAGAUGCGUCUUUAUAAAUCUCUUAAAGUAUGGUCUAUGUAUGCUGACUUAGAAGAAAGUUUUGGUACCUACAAAUCCUGUAAAGCUGUUUAUGACCACAUUAUUGAUUUAAAAAUAGCAACACCACAAAUUAUUAUUAACUAUGGGUUAUUCUUAGAGGAACACAAUUAUUUUGAAGAAGCUUUUAGGGCAUAUGAAAAGGGUAUAGCACUUUUUAAAUGGCCAAAUGUAUAUGAUAUUUGGAAUACAUAUUUGACUAAGUUUUUAAAAAGAUAUGGAGGAUCAAAACUUGAAAGGGCUAGGGAUUUAUUUGAACAAUGUUUAGAAAACUGUCCUCCUGAAUUUGCAAAAUCAAUAUUCUUACUAUAUGCAAAAUUAGAAGAAGAACAUGGUUUAGCCAGACAUGCAAUGUCUGUAUAUGAAAGAGCUGCUACGGCAGUUCUACCAGAGCAAAUGUUCGAAAUGUUUAACAUUUACAUUAAAAAAGCUGCGGAGAUUUAUGGUGUGCCAAAAACCAGACAAAUAUACGAAAAGGCUAUUGAGACUCUUCCAGAUGAAAAAGCUAGAGAAAUGUGUAUACGAUUUUCGGAAAUGGAAACACGACUUGGAGAAAUAGACAGAGCCCGAGCUAUUUACGCACAUUGUAGCCAAAUGUGUGACCCACGUAUUACAGCUGAUUUUUGGAACACUUGGAAAGAAUUUGAAGUUAGACAUGGAAAUGAGGACACAAUGCGUGAAAUGCUUCGAAUAAAGAGAAGUGUACAAGCUACAUACAAUACCCAAGUGAAUAUGAUGUCAGCUCAAAUGUUAAGCUCAGCAGCGCAAGCUGCUGGUACAAUAUCAGAUCUAGCACCUGGAAUGAAGGAUGGCAUGAGAAUGCUAGAGGCUAAAGCUGCAGAAAUGGCAGUCCAAAGCAAAGGUAAUAUUCUUUUUGUUAGAGGUGAAACGCAAGGUCUUAAAGAGAGUGGUGAUAAGGUUGUUAAUCCUGAUGAGAUUGAUAUUGAUGAAGAAGAAUCAGACAACAGUGGAGAAGACGAUGAGGAAGAAGUCGCCCCUGUUCAAAAAAAAGACAUACCUGCAGCAGUUUUUGGGGGUUUACUUCAAGAAAAAGAAUAAAUUUUUUACUAGUAAAAAUAAAUUCUUUAAUUUAAAUAAAA